CACACACACACAAAGCAGCCAGCUAUAAGCGGUGAGCACCGACUUCCUUUUCCUGGUUGUCUUUCCGUCUGUAAGCACUUUUACUGUGUUCCCUCCCCCUGUAAAGUGUACGUGUUUAUGACAAUCGCCUGACUCGCAGGUUCGAGGCCUGUAUAAAAGGCGGAGCGCCGAUACGCUUUCCGCCAUCGGCAGCUCCUCGCUCACGUCUUCGGCGAAUCGCAGCGGCAUCGGCGCACACACAGGUGAGCGGCGGCCCGGCCUCGCGGCACACACGGCGGUGGAAGCGUACAGCUGACACGCAAGGUGCGCGGCACGUCACUCACACGCACUCUCCGGCACUCACGAUUCCCCAGAAUGAGGCUGUUGAUGGUGAUGGCGGCCCUGGUGGCGGCGGCGCUCUCCGCCAGCGUCUCCCUGGAGGACCUCGAGUUCCACGCCUGGAAGCUCAAGUUCGGGAAGAGCUACAGGUCUCCGGCCGAAGAGGAGCAGCGCAGGCUCACUUGGCUGUCCAACCGCAAGCGCGUCCUCAUUCACAACAUGCUGGCCGACCAGGGCAUCAAGACGUACCGUCUGGGCAUGACCUUCUUCGCCGACAUGGACAACAAGGAGUACAGGCGCGUCGCCUUCCGGAGCUGCCUGGGCUUCUUCAACACCACCAAGGCCCGCAGAGGAAGCACUUACCUCACGCAGACAGGGGUCAUCGGCCUCCCGGCCACCGUGGACUGGAGGGACAAGGGCUACGUGACGCCUGUCAAGGACCAGAAGAGUUGCGGCUCCUGCUGGGCUUUCAGCGCGACGGGCUCCCUGGAGGGCCAGAACUUCAGGAAGACAAACAAGCUGGUGUCCCUGAGCGAACAGCAGCUGGUCGACUGCUCGGGAGACUUUGGGAACUUUGGCUGCGGAGGCGGCCUCAUGGACCAGGCCUUCGAGUACAUCAAGGCCAACGGGGGCAUCGACACCGAGGAUUCGUACCCCUACGAGGCUGAGGACGGGACGUGCCGCUUCAAGCCCGAGAACGUGGGCGCCACCUGCUCGGGGUACGUGGACAUCCCCAGCGGAGAUGAGAACGCCCUGAAGGAGGCUGUGGCCACCGUCGGACCCGUGUCGGUGGCCAUCGACGCCGGCCACGAGUCCUUCCAGUUGUACCAGUCAGGUGUCUACAGUGAGGAGGAGUGCAGUAGCACCGAUCUGGACCACGGGGUCUUGGCAGUCGGCUACGGCACCGAAAACGGACAGGACUACUGGCUCGUGAAGAACAGCUGGGGUCUAGACUGGGGAGACCAGGGCUACAUCAAGAUGUCCAGGAAUAAGAAGAACCAGUGUGGCAUCGCUACGGCCUCCAGCUACCCGCUGGUCUGAGGACCUUCCCAGAUCAGACGACACGGAGGAGCCUGAGCGUUGGAAUCCCACUCCGAGAGACUGGACACGUGUAUCAAUGAAGACAAAUUAUGAACUGCACCCUGAUUUCCUCCUUUUGCCAAGAUUGCGAGAAGCACGGAGCACUUACCGCAAGUCCGCUUGUGUAAAAACUUGGGUUUUUACCGUGACACGCGGCGCAAACGGACGCUGCGACUUCGGCACAUGAGCAAGAUCGUCCCUGCUGCGUGAGCCACUCCACCGCUACACAUAAUGGAUAAUAAAGAUGACCCCU